AUGUAGCUAAUACAAAAUUAAAAAUAAGCCUUUCCUAAUUGGAGAAAUCAAAAAAAUUUAAACUAUCCUGCUAAUUAGAACAAUACUCUCAUGAAUUAUAAACCUAUCAAAACAUUGCUGGCUAAUCAAGCUGAAAGAAAUCUGAUAACUAAACCUUAUAGUAGCGAAUUAUUUUCAUUUGGAAAAUAUUAAGUAAAUAAUUAUAAAUAUUGUAGGAUUAGUAAUUUCAACAGAGUCCUUAAUUCUAAUAAAAUUCUAAAAAUUAGCUGCCUUCCUAAUAAUCUAAUGAAUAAUAUAAUACUUCUUUAGGAUCACCACAUCAAAAUUCAAAUGUCAUACCUAGUUUUAAUACAAAAUAAAACUACAAACUAUUUAAUAUUUAGCAAUCUAAUCCUCACAAUAAUUUAAAUAAACAAACAUAGAAUCCUCCUUUAUCAAUAAAUUAAUAAAUUGUAUCAAAACAAAUAACAGUUCCAUAUAUAGUUUAAAAUAAUUUAUAUUCUUAAGAUUAGUACAACUAAAAAAAAUAAAUUUACGAUGACGAUGAAUACAUAGCUCCAAUAAUCAAUUAAAAGUUAAAAAAAAUGUCUUAACAAGAUUAUAACUAAAUUAUCACAUUUGAAAUUAAAUCAUUAUAUAAAAUGGGAAAGUUACUUAAUUCAAAGGAUUAAUACUUACCAGGAAUUUUGAGCAUAAAAACACCUGAAAUUGAUUAAAAAGAAACUGCCAAAAGAGUUGGUGUUGAUCUUGUAAAUAUUUAAAAAUAUUUUAGAUCUGUUUGAUUGAUAGAAGUUUGAGCAUGACUGGUUAUAAAUUAGAGAUGGUUAAAAAAACAUUGAUCAUAUUGCUUGAUUUACUAUAAAAUUAGGAUAGAUUUUAAUUAAUAGCUUUUAAUGAAGAAGCUGAAAGAUUAAUUCCUUUAAUGUGUGUUACAGAAAAGAAUAAAUAAUACUUUAAAUAAAAGAUAGCCGAAAUUUAAGCUAAUGGAGGAACAAGAAUCUCAUCUGCUACUUAAUUAGCUUUUUAAUAAUUAAAAUAAAGAAAUUAAAGAAAUAAUGUUACAUCCAUUUUCUUGUUAUCUGAUGGACAAGAUGAUGAAGCUAUAUAAGAUAUACAAUAAUAAAUAAAAGUAAUCUCAGAAGUUUUUACUUUACAUACAUUUGGAUUUGGUGAAGAUCAUGAUGCAUAAAUGAUGACUUAAAUCUGUAAAUUCAAAAAUGGAUCAUUUUACUUUGUAUAAGAAAUUUCUCUUUUAGAUGAAUUUUUUGCAGAUGCAUUAGGAGGAUUAAUUUCUGUAAUUGCUGAUUAAAUCGAAAUAGAAAUAUUGUCAAAACCUAACAAUUCAUUUUUAGAUAUUUCAAUUUCAAAAACUUAUGGAUCAAUGUGGUAAAAAAAUGGAAAAGUUUAUAAUAUCUAAUUACCUUAGUUUUCUCUAGGUUAAAGAAAAGAUUUUGUAUUUUAACUGAAACUUCCAAAGUUCGAAAAAAGAAUAGAAGAUUAUUAAAGAAAUGUUAAAGUUAUGGAGGCACAACUUAAAAUUAAAAAUCCAGUUACUGGAGAAACUUUUAUUAAGUCUGCCAGUUUACAUUUAACUCUUUACAAUUAUGAUGAAGAGAUUACUUAAGAUGAAUAAGAUCAUGAAGUUAUUUCAUAAUAUUUUAGAGUUAAAUCAAGCGAAACUAUUGAAAAUGCCAGAUUAGCUUGUGAAAAUGAUAACUUUUUAUUAGCUUAAAAACUUAUAGAUAAUAUGUUAGUACAAAUAAAACAGAAUAAAAAAAUAGCUUUAUAAUGUAACUCUAUCAUUAAAGAUCUAUAAUAAGCGAGAUAAGCUUGUUAAAAAUAAUAAUAUAAUGAAUAUGGAUUAAAUUAAAUGUAUCAAUUAAUUAGUAAUAAUUACUUAUAAACGGGAGUCAACUCUGAAUUUACUAUUCAUGGAAAAUAAGUGUAAUCUCUUCAUCCAUCAUCAUAUUCAAAUUCUAUGCAAUAGUAAUUAGUUAGCUAUAUUUAGUCAAAGAAACAUGCUUAAAGUGCUAAAUAUUGA